GCAUCCUGACAGUUCUGGGGAAUUCAGCUGUCCUGGCAGUAGCUGUGAAGCGCUCCUCCCAUCUCAGGUCACCUGAGCUCCUGACGGUUAAUUUGGCCGUAACCGAUCUUGGAAUGGCCAUCAGCAUGUAUCCCCUGGCUAUUGCUUCUGCCUGGAACCAUGCCUGGCUGGGGGGCGAUGCAACUUGCAUUUAUUAUGCCCUGAUGGGUUUCCUGUUUGGUGUCGCCAGCAUGAUGACCUUGUCUGUGAUGGCUGUAAUCCGCUUUAUUGUAACCCACUCUUCAAAGUCCAAUAGUAAUACAAUCAACAGAAAAGUCAUCCAUGUUUCUAUUGUCUUAAUCUGGCUGUAUGCAGCCCUCUGGGCCAUGUUGCCUCUGCUAGGCUGGGGGCAUUACGGCCCAGAACCAUUUGGCACUUCCUGCACCAUAGCCUGGGGCCAGUUCCACAACUCAUCUAAUGGGCUUUCCUUUAUUCUGAGCAUGUUCAUUCUGUGCACCAUUCUGCCAGCAAUUACCAUUACCAUCUGUUACUUGGGCAUAGCCUGGAAGGUUCAUAAAACCUAUCAAAAGAUGCAGAACUUCAACAGGACUUCAAAUGCAGCAAAGCUGGAGAAGAAGUUGACAUUGAUGGCUGUACUGAUCAGUGUGGGAUUCCUCAGCGCAUGGACACCAUAUGCCGCAGUCAGCUUCUGGUCAAUAUUUCACUCCAGUGAAUCAAUACCGCCCAUCGUUACCUUGUUGCCAUGUCUUUUUGCUAAAUCCUCAACAGCCUACAACCCUUUCAUUUACUAUAUUUUCAGCAAAACUUUCCGGCGUGAAAUUAAGCUCCUCCAGUGCUGCUGUAGUCAGAAAGUUUACUUUAGCACCAAGCACACCACCAAUAGCCAUGUGUCAGUGAUUUGGUCAGGAAAGGAUAAUGCACACAUUUCUUCAUUCAGAAAGAGAGACAGUGGAGAAGUUCCAAAUCCAUCAGCUGCAGCUGCAGAAGUCUUAUUUGAAAACGUUGCUCCAAAGUCCAGAUCAUGAAAUCUCCCAGGGAAACACUGCAAGGGCAGUAAUUCCUAUGAGGUUUAUAAUAAACUGCUUUCAGGAUCCUUAUGAUGAAUUCCAAGGUCUCUGUUCUUUAUAAAAAAAAGACCUGCCAGCAAGAAAUGAGGCAUCUCAAGGAAUUUUGAGCACAUGAACUAAAUGAGAGUUUGCUAUAUUAAUAGCUGGCAGAGGAGGUAGUUAUGCAGUUUAAAGAGAUUGUAAUGUUCGUGAACCUGGCAUUUGUUUUGUGCUUUUGUUGGACUGUAUGUGAUGCUAAGCUCAGGUGUCAAUGAUGGAGUCAAGAGACUUUUCAUAAAAGGGUCCAAUCUACCCAUCUCGUGCAUGUCAUCUCAAUAAUGGAUUCAUGAGGUCACAGAACUGGAAACUGCCCAUAUCUCCUGUAAGGCCACCAACAUCUGAC